GAUGAAUAAUUUGGGCCUAAUGCAUUUUAAUAAAAGAGCCCAAAAUUAAAAACAAACACCGAAAACCAUUUAAAACCCAAACCCUAAUCCAUAAAUUUCUCUACUGCUCUCCCAACAGAAGAAAAGAAACUUGUCCGGUUCAGCGGCGCCGCCAUCCUCCUCUUUCUCCUCCAGGUAAGGCAGUUUCACAAGAUGGUGAGGGUAAGUGUUCUGAAUGACGCUCUGAAGAGCAUGUACAAUGCCGAAAAAAGGGGGAAACGUCAGGUCAUGAUUAGGCCUUCAUCAAAGGUCAUCGUCAAGUUUCUUUUGGUCAUGCAGAAGCAUGGAUACAUAGGAGAGUUUGAGUUUGUUGAUGACCACAGAUCUGGAAAGAUCGUGGUUGAAUUGAACGGAAGGCUAAACAAGUGUGGUGUUAUUAGCCCUCGGUUUGAUGUUGGCGUGAAGGAAAUUGAGCCUUGGACUGCUAGACUCCUUCCUUCAAGACAGUUUGGUUACAUUGUGUUGACUACAUCUGCUGGUAUCAUGGAUCAUGAAGAAGCUCGGAGGAAAAAUGUUGGAGGUAAAGUACUGGGCUUCUUCUAUUAAGCUGGUGACGGCAUGCCAGUAGCUGUCUAUUGGUAGUGAAUUUAAUGUUGAGGUUGGAACAGCUUAGGUGCAGUAGCUUUCUUUUUGGCUUCAUUACUGAGAUAUUUGAGGAUUGUUGUCUUUAUAAAUUUUGGUGAUUGUUUUAUACUUCUUAUUUGUGGGCGGUGAGAAUUGUUAUUGAAUGUUUUUGCAA